GGAAAGGAGAAACGGAGGCUGAAGGGUAGGGGCGGGCAAGACGGCGCGGACAAGCCCCGCCUAGUGGGCGUGUCUUGACAGCCCCGCCCCCUCCGCCCGCCCUCGGAGCCCUAGCGAGCUGAGAGGUUGCAGGCGAGCUGAGCGAGCCCAGGAGCCUAGGAGCCCAGGCGCCCGCGUCCUAGCGCGGCCGAGCCCGGAGCGGCCCGCGCAGCCCCGGCUGCAGGCUCUGUGGAGGGGGCCUUUAGGAGAGGACUUACCACAGAGAACUUUCAGGCUGCAAAGCUGCUGUCCACGUGGACCGGAGCUGACAUCACACGCCCACCCACCAGGACCCCUGCUGCCAAGUUUGUGCCCCGAGACAUGGCGACUGACAACAGCAAAGUGGCUGAUGGGCAGAUCUCUACCGAAGUCAGUGAGGCCCCUGUGGCCAGCGACAAGCCCAAAACCCUGGUAGUCAAGGUGCAGAAGAAGGCUGGGGACCUGCCUGACCGGGACACAUGGAAGGGCCGCUUCGACUUCCUCAUGUCCUGUGUGGGCUACGCCAUCGGCCUGGGCAACGUGUGGAGGUUCCCUUACCUCUGCGGAAAAAAUGGUGGUGGGGCCUUCCUGAUCCCGUAUUUCCUGACACUCAUCUUUGCCGGUGUUCCUCUCUUCCUUCUGGAGUGCUCUCUAGGCCAGUACACCUCCAUCGGGGGCCUGGGCGUAUGGAAGCUAGCUCCCAUGUUCAAGGGCGUGGGGCUCGCGGCGGCUGUGUUGUCCUUCUGGCUGAACAUCUAUUACAUUGUCAUCAUCUCCUGGGCCAUCUACUACCUGUACAACUCCUUCACCAUGACCCUGCCAUGGAAACAGUGUGACAACGCCUGGAACACAGACCGCUGCUUCUCCAACUACAGCCUGGUCAAUACCACCAACAUGACCAGCGCCGUGGUGGAGUUCUGGGAGCGCAACAUGCACCAGAUGACAGAUGGGCUGGACAAGCCGGGACAGAUCCGCUGGCCACUAGCUAUCACACUGGCCAUUGCCUGGGUGCUUGUGUAUUUCUGCAUCUGGAAGGGUGUCGGUUGGACUGGAAAGGUGGUCUACUUCUCAGCUACGUACCCCUACAUUAUGCUCAUCAUCCUGUUCUUCCGUGGAGUGACGCUGCCCGGGGCCAAAGAGGGGAUCCUCUUCUACAUCACACCCAACUUCCGCAAGCUGUCAGAUUCUGAGGUAUGGCUCGACGCUGCCACCCAGAUCUUCUUCUCCUAUGGGCUGGGCCUGGGGUCCCUGAUUGCCCUCGGAAGCUACAACUCUUUCCACAACAACGUGUACAGGGACUCCAUCAUUGUUUGCUGCAUCAACUCCUGCACCAGCAUGUUUGCCGGCUUUGUCAUCUUCUCCAUCGUGGGCUUCAUGGCUCACGUCACCAAGAGGUCCAUCGCUGACGUUGCAGCCUCAGGCCCUGGGCUGGCAUUCUUGGCGUACCCUGAGGCUGUGACACAGCUGCCCAUCUCUCCCCUCUGGGCUAUCCUCUUUUUCUCCAUGCUGCUGAUGCUGGGAAUUGACAGCCAGUUCUGUACCGUGGAGGGCUUCAUCACUGCCCUGGUGGAUGAGUACCCCAGGCUCCUCCGCAAUCGGCGUGAACUCUUCAUUGCUGCCGUGUGCAUCGUGUCCUACCUGAUUGGCCUCUCUAACAUCACCCAGGGCGGCAUUUAUGUCUUCAAACUUUUCGAUUAUUAUUCUGCCAGUGGCAUGAGCCUGCUGUUCCUGGUUUUCUUUGAGUGUGUCUCCAUUUCCUGGUUUUAUGGUGUCAACCGGUUCUAUGACAACAUCCAGGAGAUGGUUGGCUCCAGGCCCUGCAUCUGGUGGAAACUAUGCUGGUCCUUCUUCACGCCCAUCAUUGUGGCGGGCGUGUUUCUCUUCAGCGCUGUGCAGAUGACGCCACUCACCAUGGGAAGCUACGUUUUCCCCAAGUGGGGCCAGGGUGUGGGCUGGCUCAUGGCCCUGUCCUCCAUGGUGCUCAUCCCUGGGUACAUGGCUUACAUGUUCCUUACCCUAAAGGGCUCUCUGAAGCAGCGCCUCCAGGUCAUGGUUCAGCCCAGUGAAGAUAUCGUGCGCCCUGAGAAUGGUCCUGAGCAGCCGCAGGCUGGCAGCUCAGCCAGCAAGGAGGCUUACAUCUAGGGGUGCGUCCCCCUCAUCACCCCAGCACUGGCACCCUGGUCUGGCUGUACCCGCACCCCUUGAAGACUGAAGAUGUUCUUUGUCUCCACCUACCUCAAGGGGCGGGUCCAGACACCAUCACCAUGUAGAGAGGGGCGGUGGGGGACAGUCUGACCCUGAGUGGGCCCUGAAUGGGAAGCCACUCCUGGGGGGGUCUUUCACAGAGUUCUGGUGACUUUUCCCUCAGGCCCCAUAGCGAGAGCAGGUGGCUGGCCUUUGCAGCUGCCACAGUAGCUCAUUUUUAUGCUGCCAGAGAGGGUGAGAGCUGAGGCCACACUCUCCUGGCUUUUAGUCUUACUUGGACUGUUGUCCUGUGCCCCAACUGUAGACUGUUAUCCAGACUUUUCUGUUCAUCUUGGCUCUGACCUGGUUAUGGACCAGGGCUACGGCAUGUGGUUCAAGGCCACUGGGAGCCGGUGGGCUCUGCCUCUUCCUUCUUAAUUUCUCCUUCCCGAGGCAGCUUCACAGACACCUCUGUGGCUUCACAGAGCAUUUCGGAGAGGGUCCUCUGUCCCUGUGACCCUGUGACCCGGGCAGCUCAGUGCCCCCUGCCCCACCUUCCCUGGUGGCAUUAACAGCAGCAGCCGGUCCAGAAGGGACCUGUAUGCUGAGGAGAAAAAAAAAAAAAGCCACAAGCACAAUUGCCUUUUUUUGGUCACCAUUCCAGGACUUUCCCUAAGUGGGAUCUGUGGUCCCUCUGAGCUGUCCAGUUUUGCACAAACAAUGGCCAAGGAAACCAAGGUGAAGGUUCUGUCUAAAUCAGGACCAAUCCAGUUCACCUUGGUUUCCCUCUUAGACUGUCACUGCCACUCUGUUCUGCUGUCUCCCCGCCCCCACCUUUCUGGAAAUUUCUCAAUGUAUAUGCCCACUUAAUGGAGGAGGGAUAAUCCAGAGGCCUCACCCACCCUACCCUGACACUGAGCUUCCCUUGUUAACCUGCUCCAGUGGGAAGUGUCACAUGCCCCUUCUGGCCUUGGGCUCUGUGUUGGUGAAGCCAGUGGAGACAGUUUCUGGAAAAUUCCAGCAGCCCCAUCUCUCUUCCUCUGCCGAGAGAACGGGCUCCCAUGUAGCAAAGCGUAUGUCUUGUCCCGUAGCUCCUUAGCUUGAUAGCUCACAAACUGUGUUUAUGACUAAUCCAUAAUAACUGUGGUGAAUAACUGUGACCGUGGGGUUUUUUUUUUAAUCUCUUGUCAUUGUCAUCCAAAAGUGACCAGCACACCAGUUCUUGCAAUAAGCUAUCUCCCUCAGAACAUUAAGCACACUGUAGAGAAUACAAAAAUGUAUGCACAUAGAAAUGCACACACGCACACACCCAGCCUCACAUGUGGCGUUUAGCCUCCCGUGUGAUAUUGUGUAGGCAAUCUAGCGAGGCCACGGUAAAAGGGUCGUGUGGCCGAGGCAUCUCCCUGCUUGGUGGAGACUCUGCGACCAGCUUGCACAGGUGCCUGUCGCCAGAGUCCCAGGUGUGGAAUGCAAGGACCCUCCACUGUGUCUCGUGGCCCCAUCCCUCCCUCACCUGUGUAUGAAGCCCUUUAGGAUGAGGGCAGGAGGUUUUCUUCUUGCUGCUCGUUGUCCUUGGAUGUGAAGCUGAGAACAAGUUUUUCUGAGAUAAGUGCAGUAUAUUUCAUGUUCGUAAGCACCUCUGAGAUGUUUGGCAAGGAAUCCCUGAUUUCCACCCAAACGUACCUUCUAGAGCACAACAUUAAGGGUCGUACAAUUACUGUGAGAACUGUGAAUAUGUGUAACUUUUCUUUUUUAGUUUUUGCCCAGAGGGAAGAAGAUAAUUGUAUUAUCAUAUAUGCUUUUUUUUUUUUGCAAUAAGGAUUUAUUCUCAGAACACCAAGUAAAUUUAUCUCUAUAUAAAAAGUAUAUGUAAUAUAUGCCUAUUCAGACUAUAUACAGAGCCUGUUUUAAAAAAAAUUACAGUAUUAUUUAGUAAAAUUAUCUGUUCUAUGGACCAAAUGUAAAAUAUUUAUACAUGAAGAUGUGUUUUAAAUGUCUAUAAAUGAUAUCACAACUAGAGCACGGGCGUUAUGUAAGUUUCUAAGAAUUUAGAGGAAAAAAUAAUAAAGGUUCUAUGAU